UAUUAAUUAUUUAUUAAUGAUGUAGUGAUCGUAGGUUUCCGGAGGUCUUCGGAAAGGUUCGAGUAGGUCGUCCCGUGGCUGACUGCGGGAGACCCCAGAUUCAGAAGUGUUGUCAGCCAUCGUUGUAAGUAAACCAGGUCGAGUACCCAGCUCAAUGCAGUAUUGCAUAAUAUACUGACUUGACGAACUGACAGCCCUUGUACGUGAGUAGAAAACAAGGUAGAUAGAACAACUACACCUGAGAUGGCCAGUUCAGAUGACCUCACAAUUGUGUUGCCAACACAGGAUGAAUCUGAAGACGAGAGGAUAGAGGUUAUCACCUCAGAAGGUAUUCCACAGGCAAUCAACUCAGCUACCCUUGAUCUCCGUAUAGAUGAUGCCAAAGAAAUAUUUGUUGAAACGGAGAGCUUCAGGAAUGUGAAAAGGAAACUGAAGGAUUUUGGUCAUGUCACCAUCUGUGGUGCUUCAGGGGAAGGUAAAACUACAGCAGCUCUCGUGCUGGGUUCACAGUACAGACAACAGGGGUACAAACUUGCAUUUGUGGACAGAAUUGAACAGUUUGACUUGGAUAGCUUCUUGAGCUCAUCACCAAGAGUAUUUCUGAUCGUAGAUGAUAUGUUUGGUACUGUUGGAUUAUCUGCAGAUGUUUCACAGCUUACAACAAUUCUCAAUACACUUUAUCAACACUUACAACACUGCAAAAAAGAAUCUGAGAAACGAAAGCAGCAACCUAAGAAAGAAAGUAAAAAUGAAAGUAAAACGAGUGGAGUUUCUGACCCAAAAGAACAUCCCACAAAGGAUAUUCGUGUUAUCUUCACAUCCAAGACAUAUAACUUCCAUGCUGGACUUGCCCAGCUGCAGUAUGAGAGAUUUGCACUGUUCAAGAGUCAAACAGUAAUGGAUUUAACAACUCAGAAGCAGCACCGGUAUACUGAAGCAGAGAAAAAGGCUAUAUAUGAACACCAUAGGAAUCGACACAGAGAAUCUUCUGGUGAAGAUUGUGAAGAUCUACCUGACUAUGAAGACUUGGACACAGAUUCAAAUACUUUUGGAAUUCCUCUUACUUGUAAACUUUUUUUUGAAUUUUCAUCUUUUACCCGAAAUGCAAAGACAUUUUUCAAGGAACCUCUACUUUAUCUCACGCUAGAACUUCGAAAAUUACUGAAAUCCAACACUGAUCGAUCUGCCAUAUUAAUUCUAAUGCUACUGUGUGAGGAUAAGUUAGAUUUGGCCAAGUUGCAAGCAGACGGCAAGGACCAGAAACUGGACAUCAUGGUCAGAACUGUUUUAGAGUUACGGCCAAAAGCUUCACGUUUAGGAAUGCACGAAACGGCAACGACUUUUAGAGGAACAUUCUUUACCCGUGGUGAUGUUGUUGGAUUUGCCCAUUCCUCGAUAUCUGACGCUUGCGCUUGUUCGUUGUUUGACAUCAGUCCAACAUUUGUGCUGACUCAUUGCAGUGACAAUUUUAUAUAUGAGCGUGUGCAGCCACAGCCAGUAGAGGAAACCAUAAUUGAUGAUCAUCUCCACCUGAUCUAUGUCUCAGAAGCAUAUCAUGACAUCCUCACUACACGAUUUGCUGAGUCAAUAAAGAAUGGUCAGUUUUCAAAAUCAGUGACACACCCCAUUCUCCAACAAGAACAAGUAGCUCUUCAAUUACUUGAGAAACUACAACAUGAUGGAUCCAUGGACAAAUGCUGGGUCCACAAGAGAGAAAAGGAGCAUUGCUUUUUGUUUUGGGCAGUUCUUGGACAUAAUAACAAUUUUGUCUUUGAAAUAGAAAACAUAACCCGAGAAGAAUUGACACAAGCAGAGAUCAGUGAAGCAAUGUUAGGUUGUGUGUUAAAAAAUAACCUGACCGCAUUAAAGUGGCUUUUCUCCAGAAGUGAAAGUCCAGACAUUGGUAUUAACAGUUUGCUUUGGCUGGCAGCUGCAACUGGGAGUUCGGAAGUACUUGUUUAUCUAAUAGAAAAUGGUGCCAAUGUAUCAAGUACUGAUGCAGACAAGAGAACCAUCAUACACCUAGCAUGCAUGGCAGGACAUGCGAAGACACUAACGGUAUUAAAAGAACACGACAUCAAACACUUUAAUGAUGAGUUGAAGGAUAAAGUGAUGAACUCUACAGAUAAUGAAGGCAGGACUCCUCUUAUGGUUGCAGCACUCACAGGAUCUAAUGAUUGCUAUCAGGUAUUGCAAUCAAUAUCAAACAAGAAAACCAAAGACUACAAUGGAGAUGACAUAGUUCAGCUAGCCUGUAUGGGUGGCAACGAGGCUAUAGUACAACAUCUUGUGUCCUCUUCAAAUACAUGUAUCAAUACUAGAGGGUGGAUAUAUGGGUGGACUCCCGUAAUGAUGGCAGCCUUCAAAGGACAGCAAAGUGUGUUUGACCUCCUAGUAUCUAAAGAUGCUGACCUGACACAGGUGGACAAAAACGGCAAUGGUUUACUUUAUGUUGCCUGUUGUGGCGGUAACACGGCCAUAGUACAAUAUCUUGUGUCCUCUUCAAAUACAUGUAUCAAUACUAGAGGACAGUAUGGGAGGACUCCUGUAAUGAUGGCAGCCUUCAACGGACACCAAAGUGUGUUUGACCUCCUUGUAUCUAAAAAUGCUGACCUGACACUGGUGAACAACAACGGUGAUAGUUUACUUCAUCUUGCCUGUUAUGGUGGUAACACUGCCAUAGUACAAUAUCUUGUGUCCCCUUCAAAUGUCAAUACUAGAGGACAGAACGGGUGGACUCCUGUAAUGAUAGCAGCCGUCAAAGGACAUCAAAGUGUGUUUGACCUCCUGGUAUCUAAACAUGCUGACCUGACACUGGUGGACAACAACGGUGAUAGUUUACUUCAUCUUGCCUGUUAUGGUGGUAACACUGCCAUAGUACAAUAUCUUGUGUCCCCUUCAAAUGUCAAUACUAGAGGACAAAACGGGUUGACUCCUGUAAUGAUGGCAGCCUUCAAAGGACAUCAAAGUAUGUUUUACCUCCUGGUAUCUAAAAAUGCUGACCUGACACUGGUGGACAACAACGGUGAUAGUUUACUUCAUAAUGCCUGUUUUGGUGGUAACACCGCCAUAGUACAAUAUCUUGUGUCCCCUUCAAAUGUCAAUACUAGAGGACAAAACGGGUUGACUCCUGUAAUGAUGGCAGCUGCCAAAGGACAUCAAAGUAUGUUUGACCUCCUGGUAUCUAAAGAUGCUGACCUGACACUGGUGGACAACAACGGUGAUAGUUUACUUCUGAUUGCCUGCAAAGGCGGUGACACCGCCAUAGUACAAUAUGUUGUGUCUCCUUCAAAUGUCAAUACGAGAGGACAGAACGGAUGGACUCCUGUAAUGAUUGCAGCCGUCAAAGGACAUCAAAGUGUGUUUGACCUCCUAGUAUCUAAAGAUGCUGACCUGACACUGGUUGACAACAACGGUGAUAGUUUACUUCAUAAUUCCUGUUUUGGUGGUAACAACGCCAUAGUACAAUAUCUUGUGUCUCCUUCAAAUGUCAAUACCAGAGGACAGAACGGAUGGACUCCUGUAAUGAUGGCAGCCGUCAAAGGACAUCAAAGUGUGUUUGACCUCCUGAUAUCUAAAGAUGCUGACCUGACACUGGUAGACAACGACGUUGAUAGUUUACUUCAUCUUGCCUGUUAUGGUGGUGACACCGCCAUAGUACAAUAUCUUGUGUCCCCUUCAAAUGUCAAUACUAGAGGACAGUGUGGGUGGACUCCUGUAAUGAUGGCAGCCUUCAAAGGACAUCAAAGUAUGUUUGACCUCCUGGUAUCUAAAAAUGCUGACCUGACACUGGUGGACAACACCGGUGAUAGUUUACUUCUCAAUGCCUGUUUUGGUGGUAACACUGCCAUAGUACAAUAUCUUGUGUCCCCUUCAAAUGUCAAUACUAGAGGACAGUAUGGGUGGACUCCUGUAAUGAUGGCAGCCUUCAAAGGACACCAAAGUGUGUUUGACCUCCUGGUAUCUAAACAUGCUGACCUGACACUGGUGGACAACAACGGUGAUAGUUUACUUCAUAUUGCCUGCAAUGGCGGUGACACCGCCAUAGUACAAUAUCUUGUGUCCCUUUCAAAUGUCAAUACUAGAGGACAGAAUGGGAGGACUCCUGUAAUGAUGGCAGCCUCCAAAGGACACCAAAGUGUGUUUGAACUCCUGAUAUCUAAAGAUGCUGACCUGACACUGGUAGACAACAAUGGCAAUAGUUUACUUCAUCUUGCCUGCAAUGGCGGAAACACGGCCAUAGUACAAUAUCUUGUGUCCCCAUCAAAUAUCAAUACUAGAGGACAGAACGAGUGGACUCCUGUAAUGAUGGCAGCCAUGAAAAGACAUCAAAUUGUGUUUGACCUCCUUGUAUCUAAAAAUGCUGACCUGACACUGGUGGACAAAGACGGUGAUAGUUUACUUCAUAUUGCCUGCAAUGACGGUGACACCGCCAUAGUACAAUAUCUUGUUUCCCCAUCAAAUAUCAAUACUAGAGGACAGUAUGGGAGGACUCCUGUGAUGAUGGCAGCCUUCAAAGGACACCAAAGUAUGUUUGACCUCCUGGUAUCUAAAGAUGCUGACCUGACACUGAUGGACAAAGACGGUGAUAGUUUACUUCAUAAUGCCUGUUUUGGUGGUAACACCGCCAUAGUACAGUAUCUUGUUUCCCCUUCAAAUGUCAAAACUAGAGGACAGUAUGGGUGGACUCCUGUAAUGAUGGCAGCCGUCAAAGGACAUCAAAGUGUGUUUGACCUCCUGGUAUCUAAACAUGCUGACCUGACACUGGCGGACAACAACGGUGAUAGUUUACUUCAUCUUGCCUGCAAUGGCGGUGACACUGCCAUAGUACAAUAUCUUGUUUCCCCAUCAAAUAUCAAUACUAGAGGACAGUAUGGGAGGACUCCUGUGAUGCUGGCAGCCUUCAAAGGACACCAAAGUAUGUUUGACCUCCUGGUAUCUAAACAUGCUGACCUGACACUGGUGGACAAAGACGGUGAUAGUUUACUUCAUAAUGCCUGUUUUGGUGGUAACACUGCCAUAGUACAAAAUCUUGUUUCCCCAUCAAAUAUCAAUACUAGAGGACAGUAUGGGUGGACUCCUGUAAUGCUGGCAGCCUUCAAAGGACACCAAAGUGUGUUUGACCUCCUGAUAUCUAAACAUGCUGACCUGACACUGGUGGACAAAGACGGCAAUGGUGUACUUCAUCUUGCCUGUUAUGGUGGUAACACCGCCAUAGUACAAUAUCUUGUGUCCCCUUCAAAUGUCAAUACUAGAGGACAGUAUGGGAGGACUCCUGUAAUGAAGGCAGCCUCCAAAGGACACCAAAGUGUGUUUGACCUCCUGAUAUCUAAAGAUGCUGACCUGACACUGGUGGACAACAACGGUGAUAGUUUACUUCAUAUUGCCUGCCAUGUCGGUGACACCGCCAUAGUACAAUAUCUUGUGUCCCUUUCAAAUGUCAAUACUACAGGACAGUAUGGGAGGACUCCUGUAAUGAUGGCAGCCUCCAAAGGACACCAAAGUGUGUUUGACCUCCUGAUAUCUAAAGAUGCUGACCUGACACUGGUGGACAAAGACGGCAAUGGUUUAUUUCAUCUUGCCUGUUAUGGUGGUAACACCGCCAUAGUACAAUACCUUGUGUCCCCUUCAAAUGUCAAUACUAGAGGACAGAACGGGUGGACUCCUGUAAUGAUGGCAGCCUUCAAAGGAUAUCAAAGUGUGUUUGACCUCCUGGUAUCUAAACAUGCUGACCUGACACUGGUGGACAAAGACGGUGAUAGUUUACUUCAUCUUGCCUGCAAAGGCGGUGACACCGCCAUAGUACAAUAUCUUGUGUCCCCUUCAAAUAUCAAUACUAGAGGACGGAACGGGUGGACUCCUGUAAUGAUGGCAUGCAUCAAAGGACAUCAAAGUGUGUUUGACCUCCUAGUAUCUAAAGAUGCUGACCUGACACUGGUGGACAACAACGGUGAUAGUUUACUUCAUGAUGCCUGUUUUGGUGGUAACACCGCCAUAGUACAAUAUGUUGUGUCCCCUUCAAAUGUCAAUACUAGAGGACAGUAUGGGUGGACUCCUGUAAUGCUGGCAGCCUUCAAUGGACAUCAAAGUGUGUUUGACCUCCUAGUAUCUAAAGAUGCUGACCUGACACUGGUAGACAACGACGUUGAUAGUUUACUUCAUCUUGCCUGCUAUGGUGGUAACACCGCCAUAGUACAGUAUGUUGUGUCCCCUUCAAAUGUCAAUACUAGAGGACAGAACGGGUGGACUCCUGUAAUGAUGGCAGCCUUCAAAGGACACCAAAGUGUGUUUGACCUCCUAGUAUCUAAAAAUGCUGACCUGACACUGGUGGACAAAGACGGCAAUGGUUUACUUCAUCUUGCCUGUUGUGGUGGUAACACCGCCAUAGUACAAUAUUUGUGUCCCUUUCAAAUAUCAAUACUAGAGGACAGUAUGGGUGGACUCCUGUAAUGCUGGCAGCCUUCAAUGGAUAUCAAAGUGUGUUUGACCUCCUGGUAUCUAAAAAUGCUGACCUGACACUGGUGGACAACAACGGUGAUAGUUUACUUCAUAAUGCCUGUUUUGGUGGUAACACCGCCAUAGUACAAUAUGUUGUGUCCCCUUCAAAUGUCAAUACUAGAGGACAGUAUGGGUGGACUCCUGUAAUGCUGGCAGCCUUCAAUGGACAUCAAAGUGUGUUUGACCUCCUAGUAUCUAAAGAUGCUGACCUGACACUGGUAGACAACGACGUUGAUAGUUUACUUCAUCUUGCCUGCUAUGGUGGUAACACUGCCAUAGUACAAUAUCUUGUGUCCCCUUCAAAUGUCAAUACUAGAGGACAGAACGGGUGGACUCCUGUAAUGAUGGCAGCCUUCAAUGGACAUCAAAGUGUGUUUGACCUCCUAGUAUCUAAAAAUGCUGACCUGACACACUGGAUAGCAAUGAUAAUAGUUUACUGGAUAAUACCUUUAGUCAGAUCAAGACAGCGAUAGUAUAACAACAGCGUCCCCUGCGUUCAUUGUUAAAUCGAUUUAGGUAUUUCUUGUAUAAUGUGAGAGUUUGCUGACACGUAAGCAUCGAACAUUGGGGUCUCUAAUCUGCUGUUUACAAUCACCAGUGUGUUUGUUGACACGUAAGCAUCGAACAUUGGGGUCUCUAAUCUGCUGUUUGUUUACAGUGACUCCAUCUUUUCAUUCCAAACAUCUCCUAACAUACACCACAUCUUUGCUGCGUCAUAAGAGUGGCGUCAUUUAUAUGUCAUUGUCAGUUACACUGAAGAGCUGUCAUGAGGCAUAAUUGUUUUAUGGACACAAUGUUGUUAUAACUUUUGAUGACUUCAUGUGUUUCUUAAAAGUCACUAAUUUACACGUAGGGGGGUUUGUGAACACAUGAAUACCCCGGGUAAUACAAAUAAAUCUUCAUAAAGUUGAGUAGUAUUGAAUUACAUGUACACGUUUUCGUCGGUGCAAAAUAUAAGGAAAAAUGUGCAUGUGCUUUAAAAGUGUGAGUGAGUGAGUUUGGUUUUACGCCGUUUUUAGCAAUAUUCCAGCAAUAUCACGGCGGGGGACACCAGAAAUGGCUUUAAAAGAGACUGGAUUUAAAGUAAAUAUAUGUAUUCUUCAUUCAGUCUUUACGCUCACUACCCUGGUACAAUAUUGUAACAUUCCUGAGGCGUAAUGUCGCGUAUUGCUUGUAUAUGAUAAUGUGAACUGUUACAGGUCAAUCCAAAUGCGUAGGUCAAGGUCAUUAUUGUCAAGGUCAUCAAAAACGGAAUAUUCAUUGUUUAUAUAUUUCCAUGUCACUGUAUGUUAGUAUUUUUUAGUUGUUCAACCUUGGUCCUCUAUGGAAUUACAAUUGGUUGAAUAGAGUGAGUGAGUUGGGUUUAACGCCGCUUUUAACAGUAUUCCAGUUAUAUGCCGCUUUUAACAGUAUUCCAGUUAUAUCGCGGCCUGUCAGCUUAAUGUGGGAGGAAAGCCCGAAUCGAUGCAGGUCUCAGACGUUUACCACUUCUGUGAAACCCACGAGCACGGGUAUGGUGCUGACAAACCUAGAAACAUAAUCGGGGCGAACCGGGAUUCGAACCCACAAUCAUAGGUUUAUGGCGUGCCCAAGGGACGCAACUCUGCACAGCGAAUCGCGGCGCCUUAGACGACUGGGCCACCCAUGCCCCCGGUUGUAUAGAAUAAGAGGGAGAUUAGGUGUGGAUGUAAUACUACAAAAUGUAAUAUAACUGUUUAUAAAUAAUGGUAAAUUCAUUCUCUUUUGGUCUGGCUUUUAUUGUAUCAUCAUUUCAGAUGUCUUUAAAGAAGUUAUUUUUUCACAUUUUCAUGCGUGUGUGUCUUGUGUGUAUAUCCAGGCAAUAAUGCAAUGUCUCACACAAAGAAACGUGAAAACACUUUAUGAAUGCCUCAUUACACUGUUUCUGGAUUUAUUUUACUGCUUAUCAUUAUGGUGAGUGAGUGAGUGAGUUGGGUUUAACGCCGCUUUUAACAGUAUUCCAGUUAUAUUGUAACAGUGCUAAAAUUGCUAUAUUUUAUUCAACUUUUUGUGAAAUUCGCCUUCAAUUCAUAAGUUGUCGGUUAACCAUUUAAGACCUGUUGGUACAUACUAGCGAUAAGAAAUUGCAUCUAGCACUUCAGAUUUACGCCGCCACGAUCAGGUCGGCGGGCGAGGCUUUAAUUACAUGUUGAAUAACAACUGGUAGUGGUCAGCGCGUUCGGCACUUACCAGUGUACCGUUAUCAGCUAUUUAGCGUCAACUGACCAAACUAGAAAAUUGAAAACGCGAAACCAAACACAAGCUGAGUGAUUCUAUCGGCAUUUAUAAUAACUUUCCAAACUGACCGUGGGCUUUGGCUAUUAACAGACCAAACCCAUCAUACAAAAUUGUAUAACAUGUCCAGUCUUUAUUAGUCCAAAGUCUAAAAUUUCAAACUGGACAUGCUCGUGUAGACUUGCCUUCAGAUUAACAAAGGAGGUCUCAGGUAUAAAUAUAGGGGGAAAUCGACUGUUAGUCAUUCCUGCUUUGCCUGAGAACUUCUCUCUGUUUGUCUUUGAAGGUAAGUCACUUUUACUUGUUACUUUGGCAUUUAGGUUGAACUUUGCUUAAAAUUGUCUUUUAAAAUUGUCUUUAAUUUUGUAUGAAUAUCUUGCUUGAACAAUGAACUUAUACUCUAUGUAUUCGAAAUGCCGUGCGAAUCUAAGCUGCAUAUUAUUCAAGUUUUACUGAUACAAAUUAACUACAGUACUUUAUAUGCGUGCGUCGCAUGUAGAAAUAUUACUAUUCCACAAUCAGUGUUCGUUUCCCACAUGUUUAUUUAUCGGGUUAAAACUACUAGGCAAAUACAUUUGUAAUUAGUAAUCACAGGUGUCGUGGAUGCUUCAUAAUUAUCAUGUUUUAAUGUGAAUAGCGUGCAUUAUAAUAAUGUAUGAAUUAUUUGUCCAUGUAUCGGUAGGACCACCAUUCAUAUGUGUGUCGUGUUUUUUACCUUAUUGUAUGCUGUAUCGUUAGUAGAGUGGUUUUAUAAUGCAACAACGUUAAAUGCGUCAAUAUGCAUUAACAUGAUCCAGUUACUCGAUAUAAUUUACGUUAUGUAUAUUUGUUUGCGUUCUUAUGCCUGAUAAAUACGGUUCAAGAAUAUAACUUAUAUCCGAUGUUCAUGCAUCAAAUAUAUUCUUUAUAUACAAAACCAGAUCAGUGCAAGUACAGCAAAGUAUAUUAUUCUUAUCUGUAGCCCAAAAUAUAUUUCUCAUAAGGUAACUACUUUGUGAGGGCAUAUCACUAGACUACAAUACUUGAACGUAACUUUUUGUUCUAGAUAAAUGCACGCAAAUUAAGCAAUGCCUGAUAAAUUUAUGUUUUCCAAUUUAUGCAUAUUACUUCCAUUCGGUAAGAUGAAUGGACGCUGUAUAGAAUAUCUCAGAUACUAUUCUUUUAGCAUAAUUUGGACGCUACAGAUAACGUAGUUGUUUUAUGUUGUAGAAUAGUUAUAAUGAAACAGGCUUCCUAUAGCAGUAUUUAUAUUCAUUUCUAAAUUACAGUUCACGAGCAAUUUCUCUGUUUUCACAAAACAUUCACAAUAGAACAUACGUUCACUAAUAAUCAGUUUUUAAUUCAUAUAUAUUUCAAGUUUCAAAUACGGUAUUUAUUCAUGUGUGAUUUGUAUAAGCUCGGCCCGCAUAGCACGGCAUGCACGGGCGGCACCGCUCAUUGUUAUAUAACGGCACACUCGCCAGCGCUCGGCAGUGACGUCACGUACCGUAUUUAACCAUGUUGCGCAUAGCUGUUAUCUGAAUUUAGUAUAAUGUAUUCAGUCAUUGAAUGCAGGUCCCAUUAUUAUUUACCGUAUUAAAUCUUGUGUUCACUAUUUAACUCUGGAGUGUACACCUGAAUCAGCUAUAGUUCAUGACGACACAUGUACCGUAUUUAAUGUAAAAUAAGUUAUCAGACAUGUCUUUGUUCAAGAAAGGUGUUGUUAUAAUCUUUCAUAUGAAGGCUUUUGUAAACAUUGUUCAGAUGUUAUUUAUGAGCACCUUAAAUAUAUAGACCAAACAUUAUGAGUCAUUAUCAAUGAGUAAUUUAAUGUGAAUUGAUUAUAAUGUCGGCAUUAUAUCAAAUGUUUACUGCUAUAAUAUAAAUGAAUAUCCAAUGAGUUGAGCUUACACUUUACACUUUGUUAUUAUUUUACAAAUGGUGUUUUAAUUAUAAAUGUGUUACGUAAUCUUUUGCAAUGUUAUAUUAGGCUGUAACUUGAAUGGGUACUGAUACGUCUCUGAAGUUAAGGCAUUGUUCUCAAAGUGAGAUCACAUAACAAGCAAUUGUUUAUUAACUCAUGCCUAUUAUAUAACAAAGAAUAUCUUAACAGUUUUGGUAUCACUGCUUAAUUAUUUGUCUGAUUAUGUCUAUAUGCUUGAUGAUGAAGGAGAUUGUCUGACUAUGUCUAUAUGCUUGAUGAUGAUGGAGAUUGUCUGACUAUGUCUAUAUGUUUGAUGAUGAUGAAGGAGAUUGUCUGACUAUGUCUAUAUGCUUGAUGAUGAUGAAAACAUUUAAUAAAGAAUUCCUGCUUUGCCUGAGAA